AUGGUUGUAACAACAUCCCAAUAUAAAGAAAUUCUAGCUAAAAAAGAAGAGAAAAAGGAAGAAAAGAAAAAUGAGAAGAAAGAAGGAAAAGGAAAUGAAGAAAGAGGAAAAGAGGAGAAAAGGACGAAAGAAAAGAAAAAGAGGGCGGUUGAAGAGAAGAAGAAGGAAAAAUUGAAAAAUGAACAGAAAAAAGAAAAAAAAGAAAAGAAGCAUGAAGAAUUGAAAAAUGAUCAUUUGAUUGAUGUUUUCGCUGAAAAAGAUAAGGAAUAUGAAGCCCACGACAAAAAAAUAAUGGCACAUAUAAAAAAGAUGAGACAUGCAGAAUCAAUUCACAAGCGAAACAAAGUGUCUUUGGAAACCAAACUGGUGAGUUGAAAAAUAUGUUUUUGAAAAUGAGAUUACUGUAGAAAAAAAAUGAGGUUACUGUAGUCUACUGAAUUUAGGUUUUUUUUAUUUUAGUGGAACGUGGAUCCGUAAAUAUUCUGUUGUUUAAGUUUCCUUUUUGAAAACACACGUUCAACUCAACAAAAUAUUUAAUUUAAACCGCUAAACCUCAAAAUUGAGAUGUCAACAGUGAAAUUUUCAGAAUGAAUCGCUGGAGUUGGAGGACACUCAGGUCGAAAGCCGCAAAAUAUUGAAGAAACAUUUGCCGACAUCGGCACCGCAAAAUUUGAGCAUAAAAAUGGAGAAAGGAAAGAAGAAGGAAAAAAAGAAGCUCGAAAAACCGGCGGCUGCGGCUAAAACCUACGAAAAAUCGGCUAAAUAA